AUAGCAGGUUGGACAGAUGUGCGGAGUCAAGAGCUGGUGUUGCCAUCCAAAUCCCGGAGAACAGGCACAGAAUCAUCAUGUAGAGCUUCAAAGCUGAAGAAUGAGAAUGCAGUGAUUGCAGUUGUUUAGAAUCAACCUCAAGCAGAUAGUAAGACUCUGUGAAACAUUGGGAAUAGCAUCAUUCUCUGGAGCUUGACGACAAUGGGAAUGUCAUCCAGACUGGAUUUGUUGUGGUGGAUUUGCUACUGGUGCAGCGGUUUAGUAACACUUGUCUGAUUGCAUUGCAGCGUGAGAAGAGCAAAGGGAUGCUGUGAAGCCAAAGCAUUUAUUUCCAGCCGCUGUCGUUGUAACAUUCGCACCUCAGAAAACAUGUAUGCCUUCUAUUCUCUGCUGGUGUACAUCUUCUACACCGUUUUCAAAAAGGAGGAGGAGGCAGCACUCGAGGGGGCGUGCGGAGAAUCCCCGGAGGAGCCUGGCCAUGUUUCCAUGGAAACAGAGAGCAAGGGGAAGGGUAGCCACACCCCCAGGUUGGGCAAAAGAGGGUGUGCAAGUCUGAGUGAUUCGAGCAGCAGUAGUGAUAGCGAUGGGAUGUCCCUCAGUGAUGAAGAUGAUGAAUUUGACGAAGGUCAUGGAUUACCUGCCAAAACACCAUUAACAGCUUUCCUGUCUUUCAAGCAAGAGGCAGAAAGGAGAAGAGCCACUAAUUCUCCAGCAGAACCAAAUGAAACGGUGACAGAGUCUCCAUUGCUGUCUGUGAUGUCACACCUCCUGAGUUUCCUGGAGCAAUAUUCCCACCUGCAACAGCUGCAGCAGCAGGCGGAUCAGUACCGUCUGCAGCUGCGCAGACACCGCGUCCAGCACCGGCGGAAAAUGAAGGCCCUGCGUGCCUCCUACCGCCAGCGCCUCAAAGACAAGAACAGUGUGAUUAACAGCCUGGAGGAAGUGAUUGCUCAGCAGCAGAGCCCAUCAUCUGAAAAUGAGGGUGACUGCAUGCUUCCUGCAGCGUCUCCGGUUGGGCUGCAUAAGUUGGUUCAGUCUCUUUGCGGGCUGCAAGUAGAGAAGAGUCAGCUGAGAGGAGAGCUGCGAUUGCUUCAUUCCAAGCUUGAGCAGAGAGAACGAGAUCGCCAUACUAACGUACAGGCUUUCCAACAGCAGAUUGAGGAGCUGAAGAGCUGUAUUGAAGAAAGAGAAGAGGAGCUGUCCAAACUCAGAGUUGCAUCGGGAGUAACAGACUCAGAAAAACGAGUGCUUUGCUUAUCAGCAGAGAAUGAUAGUUUGAAACACAGCCUCACAGUGACACAGGGUCUUCUGCAGCAGCUGUCAGUCAUCCCAUCCCAGUCCAGCUCCGUGCUCAUCAAGGAAAACGAGAACCUGCGCAGUCGCGUUCUGCAGCUGGAGAGUUCACUGCAGCAGCGGGCAGAGCAGCUGUCACGUCUGGAGCACCAGAGGGAGCAAAGCGACUGGAGAAAAGCAGAAGAGCUCAGGAGACGAGAGGAGAGCGUGAGAGAGCUGCGGCUCGAAUUGGACAAAGAACGCAACAAGGAGCCUGUGGUUAAAUAUGUUACCCAAACUGUGGAGGUAGAGUCACCUUCAACUCUACGCCAACUAUCCGAAGCCAGACAACAGAAUGAACAGCUUUCUGAGAAGCUAAGCAAUCAGAGAGAACGAUGCCGACAGUUGGAGGAGAACAUCAGGCAUUCAGAUGAAGUCAGCUGCAAUUUGCAACACAAGAUUGCUGCAUAUGAGAGGGAGAUUGGGACAUUAAGGGAGGAGCUGCUGAAGGAGAUUGGACAUCUUGAGGAAAAGAAAGAAGCGGCUGUAAAAGCGGCAGCUAACUGCUCUCAGGAGCAUCUCCAGAGCCUGCAGGAUCAGUUCACAACCCUCCAGAAGCGUCUGAGUGCUCUGCCUCCCACAUUACGCACCAUGAAGACUGAUUAUGCCAGCCUUCGCAGCCAGGUCCGCAACUUUUCUGACUUCUAUGAAACAGCUAUCAAAGAAGCCAAGAAACAGAUUAUGGCAGCUAUAAAUGAGAUGUCAGAGGCCAACAAAGACCUUUUGGAAAAAUACAGAAAGGAGGUAGCUCUCCGUAGGAAGUACCACGAGCAGCUGGUUGAGCUUAAAGGUAAUAUCCGUGUGCUGUGCCGUGUAAAGCCAGUACUGAAGGAAGAUCAACAUGAAGAAGGCCAAGCAGUAGUUGUGACAACAGACCCCAAUAAUGAAUCUGCACUCACAGUUUUAAGCAAAGGAAAGGCUAAAAACUUUGAGCUGGAUAAAGUCUUCCACCCUCAGGCCACUCAAGAAGAGGUGUUCCAGGAAAUUGAGCCACUCAUCACAUCCUGUAUAGAUGGAUAUCACGUUUGCAUCUUUGCUUAUGGCCAGACAGGAUCUGGCAAGACCUAUUCUAUGGAGGGAACCGUUGAGAACCCCGGCAUCAACCAACGAGCCCUGAAACACCUGUUCAAUGAGAUUGAGGAAAGAAAAGACAUGUGGACAUACACCGUCAGUGUCAGCUCGGUGGAAAUUUACAACGAGGUCCUGAGAGAUCUGCUCAGUAAGGAUGGAGAGAAACUUGACAUCAAGAUCAACCCUGAUGGGACAGGUCAGCUUCAUGUGCCAGGACUCAGGGUCAUGGAGGUCAAAAGCUUCCAGCAUAUCAAGAAAAUUUUGGCCAUAGCUCGAAAGAACAGGAUUACAUUUGGAACACAGAUGAACCAGCAUAGCUCUCGAUCUCAUGCCUUGCUCACUGUGACUGUGCUGGGCACAGACCUUGCCAGUGGAGCCAAAACCACAGGCAAGCUGAAUCUCGUGGAUUUGGCUGGUUCUGAGAGGGUGUGGAAGUCUGGGGCAGAGGGGGAGAGACUGAAGGAAGCCCAGAAUAUCAACCGCUCACUGCUGGCUCUAGGAGAUGUGAUCCAGGCCUUGAAGGCCCACCAGACUCACAUACCCUUCAGGAACUCACGACUCACCUACCUGCUGCAGGACUCACUGGGAAAAGGCAACAAAACCGCCAUGGUUGUUCAGGUUUCUUCUCUUGAGAGCAAUGUUGGAGAGACCCUGUGCUCGCUAAAAUUCGCCCAGCGAGUGUGUAAGGUGGAGCUAGGCCCUGCUGCAAGAAAAAUUGAGACGGGGGGACAUAACGAAAGCAAAAAUUAAUGCAUACCAUCAACCCUCACAAGUAAACACCAGAAAUGGCAUCAACUCAAGCCUUGCACUUUUCCAAUCCUACUCAAGGGCUACAGUUCUGGUAACAUCUGUGAUGCCACAUAAGUUCCAGUUUCUUCCUGCUACUUAGCAAUGGCAUUUCUCCACCAGCUGAUCUGCAUGUCAAAGUCUCACCACCACCACCAAUAUCUAGACAAGCUCUCUGUCACCAUAAGUUCAAAAUAUCACAGAACAUUCUCCACAGGGAAGACUGGUGAGGAUAUUUCAGUAAAUCUUGCUAAAAAACACUUUGUG